UAUUCCAUGGAGUGUGGUCAUAGAAUUGUCUAGGAAGACAUACUGCAUUUACAACACCUAUUUCUUCGUUCCUGGGAAACUGUUUGAUAUGCAAGCUAUCUGAAUAGACUUUCUUUACAGCUUUUCAUUAUGUCUGACCAAAACAAAGAACAAUUGCCUGCCAUAUUUAGGUCUACAAACAUGUUGACUGAUGAUGAUAUUUUUGAGAUAUUAUUAGAAGACUUACCAGAAGAUGACAAGGAAAAUACUGAUAUAGAAGAGGAAAAAGAAGAUGCUGCUAUUGAAGUUGCAGCUAAUAGUUCAGCAUUUGACAGAAUUUUUUAUCAAGAAAUAGAUGCAGCAGCGUGUGAAGCAGCAGAGGAAGAUGCUGGAAAUCCCACUGAAAAUGUUGAUGUAGAACCAUUACCAACCACCUCACCUAUUCUUGAUAUUGAUAGGAAAUGGAGGAAAAGAGAUUUGGAGACAAAAAUUCCACAUUACAGCAUGAAUGAAGGGGCUUACAGAAGUGUUUGCCUAAUGCGAAACAGAAACAGAAGUGGUGAUAACUGUGAUAGAACCUGUAAUUGAAAAUUUGUUGUUUCAAAGUAAUCUGUAUGGGACACAGAAGGGUAAAACUCUGAAUCUUAAAAAACAUGAGCUAUUAGCAUUUCUGGGCAUAAACUUCCUCAUGGGUUACCAUAAACUUCCUUCUUGGUCAACAAGUGAAGAUUUGGGAAUCCCAUUGAUAAGAAAAGCAAUGAGCUGUGAUAGAUUUGACAGCAUACUAACGCAUUUACAUGUCAAUGAUAAUUCACAAAUGACUGGAAAAAACAGACAAGCUUUACAAAAUUAGGCCAUUGGUAACUGCAUUGAAUGACAAUUUUCCAAACAUUUACAAAGGGACAAGGGAACUUAGCAUUGAUGAAUCAAUGAUUUUAUUCAAGGGGAGGAGUAGCAUCAAACAAUAUAACCCCAUGAAA